GCACGCUACCCGAAACAGAACGGCCCUCAAAAUCCAGCGUGUAAGCCGCUCCAAACGCCAAAGCUGGCACGGCGGCUACAACCUGUACGCCUCUUCCCGCUCCUCUUUUUUUCUCCACAAAAAAUAACAUUUACAUUUUUUUCACCAAAAAAAAAACAAAAAUAUAUUUCAUGUUCUUCCUCUUCAUCUCCGUCUAUUUUACGAAGAACAUAAAAUAAAAUUCAAUUACACUCCCUUCCAUUUCCGAUUUCCUUAGGAGACGACAAUUUAAAAAAUUGAUUGAAUUUGAAAUUAAGGCUUGGGUGGAUUUUGUGAGAUUGUUUUAGGGUUGGCGACAUGAGUUCUAGCAACGAAUCCUUGGCGGUGGAAGGUUGGGAGAUGAAGGGAAAAUUUUUGGAAGAGAAGGAUCAGGUUCGCGUUAAGAGGAAGACUUUGCAAGCCGUGCUGGAACAGUGCCAGAGAGCUCUCGAAUUGCUUAAUAAAGCCGAAGCUGGAAUUGACGAUAACGAUAAUGACGGAGAAGAUGGAUAUGAUAAAGAUGUAGAUCGUCGAGGGGAAGUCAGCGGUGGCGGACUUCAAAGUGACCAAGAAGCUGACAAGUUAUGCUAUCUUCUAAAAUCUAGAGUUCAAUGCUCUGACUUCCUUGAAAAGCUAGAGUGUGCCCAGGUGGCUGUUCCAGAAGACAUAGCCAAAGAUUGUAGUUCUUGGGACAUGAUCAACAAAAAUGAUCUUUGGGAAGAUGAAGUUGUUGAUUUAGAUGGAGAAGAUUAUAUUCUUGUUAGGCAGGAGGAUAUAGUAGAAGGUGUUGCUUGUUUUAUGGCUGCAUAUUUGCUGUCCCUUAAACAGACUAAGGAUUUGACCCCCAAUCAACUUCAGGAAGCACUUUGCAAGACCUUCUCUGUAAAAAAGAAAAAGGGAAAGCUUCAAAGAGCAUGGGAUGGAAGUAAAGUCAUUUAUAACGUUGCAUCUUGGGGAGCGACUGCAGUUGGGAUAUACCAAAACCCAUUACUUUACCAAGCUGCAUUGAAAGCCUUCUGGACUUCUUGUGACGUACUUUCAAAACUUAUCUGAUUUCUUUACAUGACAUGGACAACAAAGCAUGGUGUGCCGGAAAUCCGUGUUGUAUUUAUGCUCUUGUGCCGUCAAAUUGCCAGCUUGUUCGUGCCACGGAUUCCAUGCUUUUUCGUGCUACGGAUUCAUUGCCUUACCCUUUCUAUGUUUAAUCAUUGUAAAUAUCGUUUUCUUUUAUGGGGGGAUUUCUGAUUGCAAUUAAAACUCGUUGGCAAUUUGGCAUCAGGUGAUGGCUUAAUCAGCCUUUUGAUCUCAUAAUAGUUUUGCUGAUUGUGACCGGGAUAUGCAAAUGCUUAUUGGUAGAGUCCUUGAAGUUUAUUUUGUUUUUCUAGAAAGAUAACUUGUUUACGUUGUGGCCUACGUUGCAAGCUUUUCCUAUUAUUAA